GUUCUGCGCCGAAAGGUCAGCCGGGCAGUGGAAACCCAGGCAAAAGUUACCGGCUGGUCCAGCCCAUCUUCUCGCUGGGUUCUCGGCCAUUUCUUCCCUCCUAGACCUGGAGGAGGGGGCACCUUGGAAAGGCGCGGAGAGGCUCGGCUGCUGCAGAGGCGCCGAGGCCGUGCAUCUCCAGGAGGCUCCGGAGUUGAUUGAAGAGGAGAGUCUUAAAACAAAAGGAGAAAAAGACGUGUGUUUAAUCGUUGGACAUGCUGUCCCCGCACUGACUGCCUCGGCGCCUGAGACGGCUUUGUGACUCCGCAGACCUCGUGAAGUUCAAGCUGUUUUCGGGAGCAGUGUGAUCCUGCACUCGAGUGAAGGGUCUCUGCUCCCGGUUUCAUGCUGCAGCAGGGACCAUGGCGGCCUCCAGGACGGCCACUCUGUCUCCUCGGGACAUUGCCAACGUGAUGCAAAGGCAGAAAGAUGAGCAAGAGAUAGUACAAAAACGCACUUUCACCAAAUGGAUCAACUCUCAUCUGGCCAAGCGGAAACCCCCAAUGGUGGUAGAAGAUCUUUUUGAAGACAUGAAAGAUGGUAUUAAACUGCUUGCUCUCCUGGAAGUCCUGUCCGGGCAUAAACUGCCCUGUGAGCAAGGACGCCACGUGAAGCGGAUCCAUGCUGUGGCUAACAUCGGCACUGCUCUGAAUUUCCUCGAGGGGAGGAAGAUUAAAUUAGUCAACAUUAACUCCACUGAUAUCGCGGAUGGCCGACCCUCAAUAGUUCUCGGACUGGUGUGGACCAUUAUUCUCUAUUUCCAGAUUGAGGAGCUGACCAGCAACCUGCCGCAGCUGCAGUCCUUGUCCAGUAGCGCAUCCUCUGUGGACAGCAUGGUCAGCUCGGAGACCGCCAGCCCCCCCAGCAAACGCAAAGCGGCCACCAAGAUCCAAGGAAAUGCUAAGAAGGCUUUGUUAAAGUGGGUUCAGCACACAGCAGCCAAGCAGACUGGAAUAGAAAUAAAAGACUUUGGACGGAGUUGGAGGAAUGGGGUUGCCUUCCAUUCAGUCAUCCAUGCUAUUCGACCAGAGCUAGUGGACUUGGAGAGGGUGAAAGGGAGAGCUAACCGAGAAAACCUGGAGGAAGCUUUCACUAUUGCUGAAACGGAACUGGGGAUCCCCAGGUUACUAGAUCCCGAAGAUGUUGAUGUGGAUAAACCAGAUGAGAAGUCUAUUAUGACCUAUGUAGCCCAGUUUCUGAAACAUUAUCCUGACAUCCACAAUACAGGCACUGAUGGGCUAGAGACCGAUAGAGAAGACAGGCUGAUUCUGAAGGAAAUGAAAGUUUGGAUCGAACAGUUUGAAAGAGAUUUGACCAGGGCACAGAUGACAGAGUCAAAUUUGCAGGAAAAAUAUCAGUCAUUUAAGCACUUCAGAGUUCAAUAUGAAAUAAAACGGAAACAGAUUGAGCAUUUAAUACAACCGUUACAUAGAGAUGGUAAAUUGACACUGGACCAAGCAUUGGUAAAACAGUCCUGGGAAAGAGUGUCCUCCAGGCUCUUUGACUGGCACAUGCAGCUUGAUAAGUCUCUCCCCGCACCUCUGGGCACUAUUGGUGCCUGGCUGUUCAGAGCAGAGGUGGCCCUCAGAGAGGAGAUCGCCAUUCAGCAGGUCCACGAGGAAACAGCCAACACAAUACAGCGGAAACGUGAGCAGCACAAGGAUCUGCUUCAAAACACGGAUGCCCACAAAAGAGCCUUCCAUGAAAUCUACCGGACCAGGUCUGUCAACGGGAUCCCAGUGCCACCUGACCAAUUAGAGGACAUGGCCGAGAGGUUUCAUUUUGUUUCCUCCACAUCAGAACUCCACUUAAUGAAAAUGGAAUUUCUAGAAUUAAAGUACCGUCUGCUCUCACUGCUGGUUCUUGCAGAGUCGAAACUGAAGUCUUGGAUCAUCAAGUAUGGGAGGAGAGAGUCGGUGGAACUGCUGCUGCAAACCUACAUCUCUUUUAUAGAAAAUAGCAAGUUCUUUGAACAAUAUGAAGUGACGUACCAGAUCCUGAAACAGACAGCUGAGAUGUACGUCAAAGCUGACGGUUCAGUGGAAGAAGCUGAGAAUGUGAUGAGAUUCAUGAAUGAAACCACGGCCCAGUGGAGGAACCUGUCGGUGGAAGUCAGGAGCGUGCGCAGUAUGCUGGAGGAAGUCAUCGCUAACUGGGAUCGUUACGGCAGCACGGUGGCCAGUCUUCAGGCCUGGCUAGAGGAUGCUGAAAAAAUGCUAAAUCAAUCUGAACAUGCCAAAAAGGACUUUUUCCGAAAUUUGCCUCAUUGGAUACAGCAACACACUGCCAUGAACGAUGCUGGCAAUUUUCUAAUUGAAACGUGUGAUGAGGUGGUUUCCCGUGAUCUUAAACAGCAAUUAUUAUUGCUAAACGGGCGAUGGAGGGAGUUGUUUAUGGAAGUCAAGCAGUAUGCUCGAGCCGAUGAGAUGGACAGGAUGAAGAAGGAAUAUGCAGACUGUGUCACCACCCUGUCUGAUUUUGCAACUGAAGCCCAGAGGAAACUUUCUGAACCCUUAGAAGUCUCUUUUAUUAAUAUGAAGUUAUUCAUUCAGGACUUGGAGGAUAUUGAGCAGAGGAUACCUGUGAUGGAUGCUCAAUUCAAGAUCAUCACAAAGACAGCACACCUCAUUACUAAUGAGAGCUCCAAAGAAGAAGCUACUGAAAUGUUUGCAACCAUGGCUGGGCUCAAAGAGCAGCUGACAAAGGUCAAAGAGCGUUACUCCCCACUCCUUUCUGAGUCUCAGCAGCUGUCAGUGCCGUUGGAGGAAUUAGAAAAGCAGAUGACGUUAUUUUAUGACUCACUCGGGAAAAUCAGUGAAAUUAUCACAGUUCUUGAGCACGAGGCGCAAUCUAGUGCUCUUUUUCAGCAAAAACAUCAGGAGCUGGCAGCCUGCCAAGAAAGCUGCACAAAAACCUUGGCACAAAUCGAGAAAGGCAGUCAGAGUGUUCAGAAGACUGUGACCUUGAGCGCUGUGUUAGGGCACUUUGAUCUGACCAAGUUGCAGAGACAGACAGCAGAUGUUCACGUGGCCUUUCAGAACAUGGUCAAGACAACCGGAGAUUGGAAGAAGCACGUGGAAACCAACAGCCGCCUGAUGAAGAAGUUUGAGGAGUCCCGCGCGGAGCUGGAGAAGGUGCUGCAGAUGGCCCGCGAGGGCCUGCAGGAAAAGGGGGACCCGGAGGACCUCCUGCCGAAGCACACUGAGUUCUACAGUCAGCUGGAUCAGAGGGUGCUCAACGCGUUCCUGAAGGCCUGCGACGAGCUCACGGACAUCCUGCCGGAGCGGGAGCAGCGGGGGCUGCAGGACGCAGUGAGGGCGCUGCACAAGCAGUGGAAGGAUCUCCAAGCAGAAGCCCCGUAUCAUUUGCUUCAUCUGAAGAUUGAUGUGGAGAAGAAGAAAUUUCUGGCCUGUGUAGAAGAAUGCAGAACUGAGCUGGACCGAGAGACCAAGCUGUUACCCCAGGAAGGCAGUGAAGAGAUCAUCAAAGAGCACAGGAUUUUCUUCAGUGACAAAGGUCCUCAUCAUCUCUGUGAGAAAAGGUUGCAGCUCAUUGAAGAGCUGUGUCUGAAACUCCCAGUCCGGGACCCCGUGAGGGACACCCCUGACGCCUGCCAUGCGACCCUCAGGGAGCUCAGAGCGGCCAUCCAGAGCACGGCUGAGCAGCUCAAGGACAACCCGGACAAGUGGCAGGACUACGCCAGCAGAAUUUCCGAGUUCUCAUCUUGGAUCACUGCAAAGGAGACACACCUGAAAGGGAUUAAGAGCGAGGCCAUUGAUAGCGCCAACCAUGGGGCGGUGACACAGGCAGUACAGGAAAUAAGAACUGGUGUUACCCAAAAAGGCGAGACUCUCAGCUGGCUGAAAUCCAGGCUUAAGGUUUUGACCGAAGUUUCUUCUGAGAAAGAAGCCCAAAAGCAGGGAGACGAGCUGGCAAAAUUAUCUAGUUCCUUCAAGGCUCUUGUGACCUUGCUGUCAGAGGUUGAAAAGAUGUUAAGCAAUUUUGGGGACUGUGUCCAGUACAAAGAAAUUGUCAAGAGUUCCCUUGAAGAGUUAAUUUCCGGUUCCGAAGAAGUCCAGGAGCAAGCUGAGAAGAUCUUGGACACUGAGAACCUGUUUGAGGCACAGCAACUGCUUCUCCAUCACCAGCAAAAGACCAAGAGGAUCUCGGCGAAGAAGAGGGACGUGCAGCAGCAGAUCACGCAGGCUGCGCAGGGGGAAGGGGCGCUGCCCGGCCAGGUGCAGGAGGAGCUGCGGAAGCUGGAGAGCACGCUGGACGGCCUGGAGCGCAGCAGGGAGAAGCAGGAACGCCGCAUCCAGGUCACACUAAGAAAAUGGGAGCGAUUUGAAACCAACAAAGAGACGGUGGUCAGAUACCUUUUUCAGACAGGCUCCAGCCAUGAGCGCUUCCUGAGUUUUAGCAGUUUGGAAAGUUUAUCUUCAGAAUUGGAACAGACAAAGGAGUUUUCUAAACGAACAGAAGGCAUUGCAGUCCAGGCGGAGAACCUUGUGAAGGAAGCUGCAGAGAUACCCCUUGGGCCCAAGAAUAAGCAGCUGCUUCAACAGCAGGCCAAGUCAAUCAAAGACCAAGUCAAGAAACUAGAAGACACACUUGAAGAAGAUAUUAAAACCAUGGAAAUGGUGAAAAACAAGUGGGAUCAUUUUGGCAAUAAUUUUGAGACCCUGUCCGUCUGGAUAACUGAGAAAGAAAAAGAACUCAAUGCCUUGGAAACUUCGUCAUCUGCCAUGGACACGCAAAUCAACCAAAUUAAGGUCACCAUUCAGGAAAUAGAAAACAAGGUCAGCAGCAUUACAGGACUAGAAGAAGAAGCUCAGUCUUUUGCCCAGUUUAUUACCACUGGAGAGUCUGCUCGCAUCAAAGCCAAGCUGACCCAAAUAAAGAGAUACUGGGAAGAACUUCGAGAGCAUGCACAGGGUCUGGAAGGAACAAUCCUGGGACAUUUAUCUCAGCAACAAAAGUUUGAAGAAAAUCUUAGAAAGAUCCAACAGUCUGUGUCUGAAUUUGAAGACAAACUUGCUGAUCCAAUUAAAAUAUGUUCUUCAGCUACAGAAACUUACAAAGCUCUCCAAGAACAUAUGGACCUCUGGCAGGGCCUGGAACCCCUGACCAGCGCCUUGGCCGCCCUCUCGGCCGGUGCCCAGAAGGCCGCCCGCAGAGGCUUGCCCGUCCAGGAGGCCACCGCCCUGCAGCAGAGGCACGAGGGGCUGCUGAGUCGGGCUAAGGAGAGGCAGACGGUGCUGGAGAACCUGCUGGCCCUCUGGCAGAGGCUGGAGAAAGAACUGUCGACCUUUCUGACCUGGUUAGAGCGCUGCGAAGCCAUAGCCAGCUCCCCAGAAGUGGACCUCGCUGCCGACAGGGUCAAGGGGGAGAGUGAGCUGCAGUCCAUGCAGGCACUGCAAAGUGAAGUUGUAUCCCAGGCCUCUGUCUACAGCAACCUCUUGCAACUGAAGGAAUCACUCUUCUCAGUGGCCUCCGAGGAUGAUGUGAAGGUGAUGAAACUACAUUUGGAACAGCUGGAUGAGAGAUGGAGAGUUCUGCCACAGAUAAUCAACAAAAGGAUUCAUUUUCUUCAGUCUGUGGUUGCCGAACACCAGCAAUUUGAUGAAUUGCUGCUUUCCUUUUCUGUCUGGAUUAAGCAGUUCCUCAGUGAAUUACAAGCCACUUCUGAAAUAAGCAUAAUGGACCAUCAAGCAGCUUUAACUCAGCACAAGGACCAUGCAGCAGAAGUCGAAAGCAAAAGAGGGGAACUGCAGAGUCUGCAGGGGCACCUGGCGAAGCUGGGCGCUCUGGGCCGGGCCGAGGACCUUCACGCCCUCCAGGGCAAGGCGGAGGACUGCCUGCAGCUGUUCGAGGAGGCCAGCCAGGUGGUGGAGAGGCGGCAGCUUGCCCUGUCCCAGCUGGCCGAAUUCCUGCAGCGGCGCACCUCUCUGUCCCAGGCGCUGCACCGGCUGAGGCAAACGGUGGAGGCGACCAGCAGUAUGAAUCGGAAGCAGACGGCUUUAUUAGAAAAGGAGCUCACCGACGCCGUCCACAGCGUGAGAACGCUCGAGUCUGCUGCCAUCAGUCUGGACGGCCUUCUCACCAAAGCCCAGUACCAUCUGAGAGGUGGCGGUCCCGAGCACAGGACUUCCUGCAGGACCACGGCGGACCACCUCUGCGUGGAGUUAGAUCGGAUCCAGAACCUGCUGGGGACCAAGCAGAGCGAGGCGGACGCCCUGGCCGCACUGAGGAAAGCGUUCCGGGAGCAGAAGGAGGAGCUGCUGCAGAGCAUCGAGGACAUCGAGGACAGGACGGACAAAGAGCGCUUGAAGGAGCCUACGCGCCAGGCGCUUCAGCAGCGGUUGAGAGUCUUUAAUCAGUUAGAAGAUGAACUGAAUUCUCACGAGCAUGAACUAUGUUGGUUGAAAGACAAAGCUAAGCAAAUUGCUCAGAAAGAUGUGGCCUUCGCUCCGGAAGUGGACAGGGAGGUAAAUCUCUUGGAAGUCACCUGGGAGGAUACCAAAAAACUGAUUCAUGAAAACCAGGGUCAAUGCUGUGGGCUUAUUGACUUAAUGAGAGAAUAUCAGAACUUGAAGUCAGCUGUCUCUAAAGUUCUAGAAAAUGCCAUCAAUGUGAUGAUAACCAGAACUACAAUAAAAGAUGAGGAGGAUCUUAAAUGGGCUUUAUCCAAGCAUGAAACUGCCAGGAACGAAAUGAGUAAUAAGCAGAAAGAACUGGGUAACUUUACCACUAAAGGAAAACAGUUGUUAUCUGAGCUGAAAAAAAUUCACAGUACGGAUUACAACCUGGUGAAAACAGACAUGGAGAGCACUGUGGACAGAUGGCUGGAUGUAUCAGAGAGAAUUGAGGAAAACAUGGAUAGGCUCAGGGUAAGCCUGUCCCUUUGGGCUGAUGUUCUUUCAAGUAAGGACGAGAUUGAAGGGUGGUCCAACAGCUCUGUCCCACAGCUGGCUGAGAGCAUCCGCAACCUGGACAACAGCCUCAGAACAGAGGAAUUCCUCAAAGAAUUUGAGUCUGAACUGAAAAACAAAGCGUCGAAAUUGGAAGAACUUCAUUCUAAAGUUAAUGAUCUAAAAGAAUUAACUAAAAACCCGGAAACACCACCAGACCUUCAGUUUAUAGAAGCAGACCUAAGGCAGAAACUGGAGCACGCCAGAGAAGUCACUGAAGAGGCCAAAGGAACCUUGAAAGAGUUCAGGGCUCAGCGUACAGAGGUGGAGACAUUUAUCAGCGACAUAACAACCUGGCUGACGACACUCGAAGAAUCCUUGGUGAACUGUGCCCAGACCGAGACCUGUGAGGGGUUGAGAAAAGUGAAGGAAAUGCAAAAAGAACUCCAAAGUCAGCAAAGCAACAUCAGCUCCACCCAAGAAAACCUCAACAGCUUGUGCCGCCAGUACCACUCGGCCGAGCUCGAGCGCCUGGGCGGUGCGCUGACCGGCCUGACUCGGCGACACGAGGUGGUCCACCAGCUGUGCUCCAGAACUCAGGCCGGCCUGCAGGAUUCUCUGGAGAAACACUUCCAUGAGUCCCUGCAGGAAUUCCAAGAAUGGUUUGCUGGAGUAAAAGCAGCGGCCAAAGAGUCAUCAGACAGAACCGGUGACAGCAAAGUCCUAGAGGCCAAGCUCCGCGACCUGCAGAAUAUUUUGGACUCAGUCGGUGAUGGGCAGAGCAAGCUCGAUGCUGUGACGCAGGAAGGACAAACCCUGUACGCGUACCUGCCCAAACAGACGGUCGUCAGCAUUCAGGAGCAGGUCACCAAGGCUAACGAGGAGUUCCAAGCAUUUCUGAAACAGUGCCUCCAGGACAAGCAGGCUCUGCAGGACUGUGCUUUGGAACUUGGGAGCUUUGAGGAUCAGCACAGAAAACUGAACUUAUGGAUCCAAGAAAUGAAUGAGAGGUUAAGCUCAGAAGACUCAGGAGAGAGUAAACAGCACAUUCCUGAGAAGAAAAACGAAGUCCAUAGAGUUGAAAUGUUUCUGGGUGAACUACUGGCCGCCAGAGAGUCUCUUGACAAGCUCUCCCAGAGAGGACAACUUCUCAGCGAGGAAGGCCACGGUGCUGGGAAGGAAGGGCGCCUGUGUUCUCAGCUGCUCGCCAGCUACCAGAACCUGGUGAGGAUGACCAAGGAGAAGCUGCGGAGCCUCCAGGUGGCCCUGCAGGAGCACGAGGCCCUGGACGAGGCCCUGCAGAGCAUGUGGGCCUGGGCAAAGGACGUGCAGGACAAGCUGGCCUGUGCGGACAGCACCGUGGGGAGCAAAGACACCUUGGAGAAACGGCGGUUACAAAUACAGGAUAUUCUCCUGAUGAAAGGUGAAGGAGAAGUUAAGUUGAAUAUGGCCAUUGGCAAAGGGGAACAGGCCUUGAGAAGCAGCAGCAAAGAAGGUCAGAAGGUGAUUCAGACUCAGCUGCAGACCCUCACAGAUAUGUGGACCAACAUCAUGAGCUCCUCCAUCCACGCCCAGAGCACUUUAGAGUCUGUGAUUAGCCAAUGGAAUGACUACCUAGAGUGGAAAAACCAGUUGGAACAGUGGAUGGAAUCAGUGGAUGAAAAAGUGGAGCAUCCUUUAAAGCCGCAGCCAGGCCUGAAAGAGAAGUUUUCCCUGCUGGACCACUUUCAGUCCAUCGUCUCCGAGGGGGAGGAGCACGCUGCAGCCCUGCCCCUCCUCUCGGCCAAGUCCAGGGAGCUCUACCAGAAGACUGAGGAUGCGUCUUUCAAGGAAGCAGCCCAAGAGGAGCUGAAAACACAGUUUAAUGAUAUAAUGACGGUUGCCAAGGAGAAAAUGAGGAGAGCGGAAGAGAUUGUGAAGGACCACCUACUGUAUCUGGACGCAGUGCAGGAAUUCACAGAUUGGCUCCAUUCAGCAAAGGAAGAACUUCACCGGUGGUCGGAUAUGUCUGGAGAUUCAUCAGCCACACAGAAAAAGUUGUCUAAAAUCAAGGAGCUGAUGGAUUCCAGAGAGACGGGGGCCAGCCGCCUGAGCAGAGUGGAGGCUCUGGCUCCUGCAGUGAAACAGAGCACGGCCGCCAGCGGGUGUGAGCUCAUGGACACGGAGAUGCAGGCCCUGCGCGCCGACUGGGCGCAGUGGGAAGACAGCGUGUUCCAAACGCAGACCAGCCUGGAGAACCUGGUCAGCCAGAUGGCCCUUUCGGAGCAGGAGUUCUCGGGCCAAGUGGCCGAGCUGGAGCGGGCCCUGGAGCAGUUUGGCGGCCUCCUGACAGCGUGGGCUCAGCAGCUAGCCCUCCUGGAAGGCAAGACCACAGACUCGGAGACCGCGGAGGGCUGCAAGAAGGCACGAGAGAUACUGGAUGCUCUACAAAAAGCAGAGCCGAAGACAGAGGAUCUCAAGUCUCAGCUGAAUGAACUUUGUCGAUUUUCCAGAGACUUGACUACAUACAGUGGAAAAGUGUCUGCUUUGAUUAAAGAAUAUAAUUGUCUUUGUUUGCAAGCAUCCAAGAGCUGUCAGAAUAAAGAACAGAUUUUACAGCAGAGGUUUCGGAAAGCCUUCCGGGACUUCCAGCAGUGGCUGGUGAACGCAAAAAUCACCACCGCCAAGUGUUUCGAUAUACCUCAAAGUAUCAGUGAAGUCUCAACAAGUCUUCAGAAAAUACAGGAGUUUUCAUCAGAAAGUGAAAAUGGACAGCACAAGCUAAACAUGAUGCUAUCCAAAGGGGAACUUUUGAUUUCUCUGUUGACCAAAGAGAAAGCUAAUGGCAUCCAGGCCAAAAUUGCAAAUGCAAAAGAGGAUUGGAAAAAUUUCCUUUCGAAUCUUCACCAGAAAGAAUCUGCCCUAGAGAAUCUGAAGAUCCAAAUGAAGGACUUUGAAGUCAGCGCAGAGCCGGUGCAGGACUGGCUGAGUAAGACUGAGAAGAUGGUUCGUGGGAGCAGCGACCGGCUGUACGACCUGCCGGCAAAGAGGAGGGAACAGCAGAAGCUCCAGUCUGUCCUUGAGGAAAUAAACUGCUACGAGCCUCAGCUCAACAGGCUCAGAGAAAAGGCUCAGCAGCUGUGGGAAGGACAAGCUGCCAGCAGGAGCUUUAUGCACAGAGUGACGCAGCUGUCUGCUCAGUAUCUAGCGCUAAGCAAUUUAACGAAGGAGAAAGUGUCAAGACUGGAUAGAAUUGUUGCCGAACACAACCAGUUCUCCCUGGGGGUGAAGGAGCUGCAAGACUGGAUGGCCGACGUGGUGCACAGGCUGGAUUCCUACUGCCACCCAACAUCCGACAAGAGCGUGCUGGACAGCAGGAUGCUCAAGCUGGAGGCUCUGUUAUCAGUGAAACAGGAAAAAGAGAUCCAGAUGAAGAUGGUGGUGACCAGAGGGGAGUCCGUCCUCCAGAGCACUGCUCCGGAAGGCGUCCCUGCCGUCCAGCAGCAGCUGCAGAGCGUGAAGGACAUGUGGGCUUCCCUUCUGUCUGCAGGGAUCCGCUGCAAAAGCCAGCUCGAAGGAGCUCUCUCCAAGUGGACAAGUUACCAGGAUGACGUCCGGCAGUUCUCGGGCUGGAUGGACAGCGUGGAAGCCAGCCUGAACGAGUCGGAGAGGCAGUGUGCGGAGCUGCGGGACAAGACCGCCGCUCUCGGGACAGCCAAGUUAUUAAAUGAAGAAGUGCUGAGUCACAGCAGCUUGCUGGAAACCAUCGAAAUCAAAGGGGCUGGCAUGACGGAGCACUACGUCACCCAGUUAGAGUUCCAGGAUCUGCAGGAACGAUACAGUGCCAUCAAGGAGAGGGCCAAGGAAGCAGUAAUGAAGUCUGAAAAACUAGUCCGCCUGCACCAAGAGUAUCAGAGGGACCUCAAGGCUUUUGAAGUUUGGUUGGGGCAAGAACAAGAAAAGUUGGAGCGAUACUCAGUUCUUGAAGGUGAUACCCAUACUCAUGAAACCACGUUGCGGGAUCUUCAGGAGCUGCAGGUCCGCUGCGCCGAGGGGCAAGCGCUGCUGAACUCGGUGCUGCACACCAGAGAGGAAGUGAUACCGUCGGGCAUCCCGCAGACGGAGGACCGGGCCCUGGAGUCUCUCCGGCAGGACUGGCAAGCCUACCAGCACAGGCUGUCCGAGACCCGCACUCAGUUCAAUCAUGUAGUCAACAAACUGAGGCUGAUGGAACAAAAGUUCCAGCAGGUAGACGAGUGGCUGAAAGCGCUGGAGGAGAGAGUCAGUCUCGGGACUGGACGCCAGUCUAACCGGGCAGCCAAGGAGACGCGGUUACAUCAGAUGAAGAAGUGGCACGAGGAAGUCACCGCGUACAGAGACGAGGUGGAGGAAGUGGGCUCCAGAGCGCAGGAGGUCCUGGACGAGCGCCGCGUGAGCAGCCGGUCGGGCUGCCAGGCCACCCAGCUGACGUCCCGAUACCAGGCCCUUCUUCUCCAAGUGCUGGAACAAAUGAAACUCCUGGAGGAAGAGAUCCAGAGUUUGGAGGAAGCUGAGUCAUCCCUACAGGCCUAUUCUCAUUGGUACAGCUCUACUCACAAAAACUUCAAGAAUGUGGCUGCCAAAAUUGAUAAAGUAGAUAAAGUGAUGAUGGGGAAAAAAAUGAAGACACUGGAGGGUUUGCUAAAAGAUAUGGAGAAAGGCCACGGUUUGCUGAAGUCAGCCCGCGAGAAGGGAGAGAGGGCUCUGGCGUUCUUGGAAGACAGCGAGGCAGACGCUCUGAGAAACGAGAUCCGUGGCCACGUGGAGCAGUUGAAGGAGCUGACCAGCACUGUUCGGAAAGAGCACAUGACUCUGGAAAAAGGCUUCCAGUUAGCCAAGGAAUUCUCAGAUAAAUAUAAAGCACUCACUCAGUGGAUAGCAGAAUACCAAGAACUCCUCCACGUUCCUGAAGACCCCAAAAUGGAAUUAUAUGAGAAAAAAGCUCAGUUAUCUAAAUACAAGUCACUUCAACAAACCGUGCUGUCCCAUGAACCGUCAGUAAAAUCAGUGAGAGAGAAAGGCGACUCUCUUCUGGAGCUGGUGCAGGAUGUUAGUUUGAAGGACAAGAUCGAUAAGCUUCAAAGUGAUUACCAGGCCCUCUGCAGUGCAGGACAGGAGCAUGUUCACAGUCUCGAGGUGAAGGUCAAAGACCACGAGGAUUACAACAGUGAGCUCCAGGAAGUGGAAAGGUGGCUGCUGCAGAUGUCGGGCCGGCUGGUGGCGCCUGACCUCAUGGAGGCCAGCAGCCUGGAGACCAUCACCCAGCAACUGGCCCACCACAAGGCAAUGAUGGAAGAAAUUGCUGGUUUUGAAGACCGUUUGAACAACCUGAAAAGUAAAGGUGACAACUUGAUCAGCCAGUGUGCAGAACACCUCCAAGUGAAACUCAGACAAAAUGUGCAAGCGCACCUGCAGGGCACCAAGGACAGUUACUCAGCCAUCUGCAGCACAGCCCAGAGGGUGUACCAGAGUUUGGAACAUGAACUGCAGAGGCACGUGAGUCGCCAGGACACUCUGCAGCAAUGCCAGGCCUGGCUCUCUGCUGUCCAGCCGGAUUUACAGCCAAGCCCCCACCCCCCUCUGAGCAGGGCAGAGGCUGUGAAGCAGGUCAAACACUUCAGGGCUUUGCAGAAGCAGGCGAGGACCUACUUAGAUCUCCUCUGCUCCAUGUGCGACUUGUCCAACUCUUCAGUGAAAACCACAGCAAAAGAUAUUCAACAAACAGAGCACAUGAUCGAACAAAGGCUUGAGCAGGCACAGAACUUAACUCAGGGCUGGGAAGAGAUCAAGCACAUGAAAGCCGAGCUUUGGAUUUACCUCCAGGACGCUGAUCAGCAACUGCAGAAUAUGAAGCGGAGGCAUGCGGAACUGGAGCUCAACAUUGCACAGAACAUGGCUUCCCAAGUAAAGGAUUUUGUGAAGAAACUACAGUGCAAGCAGGCAUCCGUGACAGCUAUUACGGAAAAGGUGGAUCAGUUAACCAAAGAGCAGGAGUCUCCUGAACACAAGGAAAUAAGUCAUCUGAAUGACCAGUGGCUAGACCUGUGCCUCCAGUCUAACAACCUGUGCUUGCAAAGGGAAGAGGAUCUUCAGAGGACGAGAGAUUACCAUGAAUGUAUGGGUGUCGUUGAAGUGUUCUUGGAAAAAUGUACUACAGAAUGGGACAGCUUAGCCAGAUCUGACGCGGAGAGCACAGCUGUCCAUCUGGAAGCUCUGAAGAAUCUAGCGCUGACGCUGCAGGAGAGGAAGCAGGCUCUGGAAGACCUGAAAGAGAAAAAGCAGAGAAUGACAGAGCAUCUGAAUUUGGAUGACAGAGAUUUGGUCAAAGAACAGACGAGUCACCUUGAACAGCGUUGGUUUCAGCUGGAAGACCUUGUUCAGAGGAAAAUCCAAGUCUCGGUCACCAAUCUGGAGGAGCUGAACGUGGUGCGGGCCAGGUUUCAGGAGCUGAUGGAGUGGGCAGAGGAGCAGCAACCCAACAUCGCUGAGGCCCUCAAGCAGAGCCCCCCGCCCGAUAUGGCUCAGAACCUUCUCAUGGACCACCUCGCCAUCUGCAGUGAACUGGAGGCCAAACAGAUGCUCCUGAAGGCCCUCACAAAGGACGCGGACAGAGUGAUGGCCGACCUCGGCCUCAACGAGCGGCAGUUAAUCCAGAAGGCGCUGUCCGACGCACAGAGGCACGUGAGUUGUCUCAGCGACUUAGUGGGCCAGAGGCGAAAGUACUUGAACAAGACGCUGUCCGAGAAGACCCAGUUCCUCAUGGCGGUGUUCCAGGCCACCAGCCAGAUCCAGCAGCACGAGCGGAAGAUCCUGUUCCGUGAGCACAUCUGCCUGUUACCGGACGACGUGAGCAAGCAGAUUAAAACGUGUAGGAGUGCUCAGGCCAGCCUCAAGACCUACCACAGCGAAGUCACGGGACUCUGGGCCCAGGGCCGGGACCUCAUGAGAGGCGCCGCGGAGCAGGAAAAGAGCGAGGUGCUGGGAAGACUCCAGGAACUGCAGAGCGUCUACGACACCGUCCUGCAGAGCUGCGGCCACCGGCUCCAGGAACUGGAGAAAAGUCUGGUUUCCAGGAAGCAUUUUAAGGAAGAUUUUGAUAAAGCUUGUCACUGGCUGAAACAAGCAGAUAUCGUUACGUUCCCCGAAAUCAACCUAAUGAACGAGAGUCCAGAGCUCCAAACACAGCUGGCCAAAUACCAGCGCAUCCUUGAGCAAACUCCAGAGUACGAAAAUCUCCUCCUCUCGCUGCAGAGGGCUGGGCAGGCCAUGCUGCCGUCGCUGAACGAAGUCGACCAUUCCUACCUCGGCGAAAAGCUGAACGCUCUGCCCCUGCAAUUCAAUGUCAUCGUCGCCUUGGCUAAGGACAAGUUCUAUAAGGUCCAAGAAGCAAUUCUCGCCCGGAAGGAAUACGCUUCCUUGAUUGAGCUGACCAGCCAGUCUCUGGGUGAGCUUGAAGACCAGUUCUCAAAGAUGAGCCCGGUCCCCACCGCCCUGGCGGCUGAGGAGGCUCAGCGUCUUCAGGACAGUUGCAGGGCUCUUCUGGGCCAGGUGGCUGGCCUCGGGGAAGCAGUGGAUGAGCUGAACCAGAAGAAGGAAAGUUUUCGCAGCACGGGGCAGCCGUGGCAGCCGGACAGGAUGCUGCCGCUCGUCACCUUGUACCACAGGCUGAAGCGACAAGCAGAACAGAGGGUUGGCUUGUUAGAAGACACCACCUGUGCUUACCAAGAGCACGAGAAGCUGUGCCACCAGCUGCAGAGACAGCUGGAGGCUGCGAAAGCGGAGCAGUCCAGCGUGAACGAGGAGACGCUUCCCGCCGAGGAGAAGCUGAAGCUGUACCACGCCCUGGCGGGGAGCCUUCAGGACUCGGGCAUUCUGCUGAAGCGAGUGACCAUGCAUCUUGAAGACCUUGUCCCACACCUUCACCCCUCGGCCUAUGAGAAAGCCAAGCAUCAGAUCCAGUCCUGGCAGGAGGAGUUGAAACUGCUGACUUGCGCCGUUGGCGCCACGGUGACGGAGUGUGAGGGCCGCAUGGUGCAGAGCAUCGACUUCCAGACCGAGCUGAGCCGCUCCUUGGACUGGCUGCGGAGUGUGAAGGCAGAGCUCAGCGGGCCGGUGCGCCUGGACCUGAACCUCCGGGCCAUCCAGGAGGAGAUCAGAAAGGUCCAAAUCCACCAGGAAGAGGUCCAGUCCAGCCUGAGGAUCCUGAAUGCCCUGAGCACCAAGGAGAAGGAGAAAUUCACGAAAGCCAAGGAGCUGAUUUCCGCCGACUUAGAGCACACGCUUGCCGAGCUCGCGGAGCUGGACGGGGACGUUCAGGAAGCUUUACGCACCAGACAGGCUGUGCUGACUCAAAUAUACAGUCAAUGUCAAAGGUACUACCAAGUGUUUCAAGCAGCCAGCGACUGGCUUGAGGACGCCCGCGGAAUGGUGCAGCCAGCAGGCAGCGGCCUGGAUGUGGAGAGUGCGGAGGACAGUCUCCGAAGCCACACGGAGUUUUUCGCUGCAGAGGGUCAGUUCCAGAGGGACCUGGAGGAGCUCCAGCGCCUGGCAGCCAACCUGGACCCACUCACCACGCCACCUGGGAAAGAGGACCUAGCACAGAACAUAAGUUCCCUGGAGGAGAGGAGCCAGCGGAUCAUCCAGGACUCGCGCGCCCAACUAGAGCUCUUGCAGAGAUGUGCAGCUCAGUGGCAGGAUUACCAGAAAGCAAGGGAAGAGGUGAUCGAAUUGAUGAAUGAUGCAGAAAAGAAAUUGUCUGAAUUUUCUUUAUUGAAGACUUCUUCCAGUCAUGAAGCAGAAGAAAAAUUAUCAGAACACAAGGCUUUAGCGUCCGAGGUCCACUCUUUCCAUGAGAAGAUUGUGGCCCUGGAGGGAAAAGCUUCACACCUGGAAGACACCGGAAAUGACGCGAGCAAAGCGACCAUAGGCAGGUGGAUGACCACAGUCUGGCAGCGCUGGGCACGUCUCCGGGCUGUGGCCCAGGACCAGGAGAAGAUUCUGGAAGAUGCAGUAGAUGAGUGGAAGAAUUUUAACAAUAAGGUUAAAAAAGCCACAGAAACGAUUGAUCAGCUGCAGGAUAAAUUACCAGGAAGUUCAGCAGAGAAAGCCUCCCAAGCAGAACUCUUGACCGUGCUGGAACUUCAUGACACCUUCGCCCUGGAGCUGGAGCAGCAGCAGUCGGCCUUAGGCAUGCUGAGACAGCAGGUGCUGAGCAUGCUCCCCGAGGGGGCCGCCCCACCGCCGGGGGAAGAGCCGCCCAUCGUGCGGGAGAUCACAGCCAUGCAAGACCGCUGCCUGAGCAUGCAGGAGAAAGUGAGGAGCUCUGGGAAGGCGGUGAGGCAGGAGCUGAAGGACCGGGAGCUGGUGGAGACGCAAAUCAAUUCUGUGAAAUCCUGGGUUCAGGAAACAAAGGAACGUUUGGAGAACCCAACCAUUGAAGUAGACGCUCAACUUGAAGAACUUCAGAUUCUCCUAACGGAAGCCACAAAUCACCGACAGAACAUCGAGAAGGUAGCUGAAGAGCAGAAGAGCAAGUACCUGGGUCUGUACACGGUAUUACCUGCGGAACUCUCCCUUCAGUUAGCCCAGGUGGCGUUGGACCUGGGGACUGUGCAUGACCAGAUCCAGGACAAAGUAAAACAAGUUGAACAGAGCAAGGCCAUGAGCCAGGAAUUCAGCCGGCAAAUUCAGAAGAUAACCAAAGAUCUCACCGCUAUUCUCACUAAGCUGAGAGCAAAAACAGAUAACUUAGUUCAAGCCCAAACUGACCAGAAGGUGCUAGGAGAGGAGCUGGAGGCCUGUCAUUCGAAGUUAAUGGGUCUGGAGGAAGCAGUGCAAAAGUUCUCAGAACAGAGCGGCCACCUGGGUAAGCCGCUGGCCAAGAAGACGGGGAAGCUGGCUGAACUGCACCAGCAGACCGUUAGACAGGCCGAGAGUCGCUUCGCCAAGCUCAGUCAGGCAACAUCACAUUUAGAAGAAUACAACAAAAUGCUUGAAUUAACUUUGAAGUGGAUUGAAAAAGCCAAAGUCUUGGUGCAUGGAAAGAUUGUGUGGAAUUCUGCAAAACAACUUCAGGAACAAUACAUUUCACAUCAGACCAUGCUAGAAGACUCUGAAGAACUUCACAGCUAUCUGGACACAAUGGCUGAGAAGUUACAGCAUCUCGCCAGCGUGUACCGCACAGAAAAAAUGUCUCAGCAAGUGGUCGAACUGGGGCGGGAGACCGAGGAGUUGCGGCAGAUGAUCAAAAUCCGUGUGCAGAAUCUCCAAGAUGCUGCCAAGGAUAUGAAAAAAUUUGAAGCAGAACUAAAAAACCUACAAGUUGCUUUGGAGCAAGCCCAGACGACCCUGACUUCUCCAGAAAUUGGGCGCCUCAGUCUCAAAGAGCAACUGUCCCAUCGGCAGCACCUGCUGUGCGAGGUGGAGUCGCUGAAGCCGAAGGUCCAGGCCGUGCAGACCAGCCAGAGCGCGCUCCGCAUCCCUGAGGACGUGGUCACCAGCCUGCCGCUCUGCCACGCGGCCCUCCAGCUGCAGGAGGAGGCCAGCCGGCUGCAGCACAUGGCCAUCCAGCAGUGCAACGUCCUGCAGGAAGCCGUGAUGCAAUAUGAACAAUAUGAACAAGAAAUGCAACACCUCCAGGAGCUGAUCGAAGGAGCUCACAGGGAGAUUGAAGAUAAGCCUGUGGCCACCAGUAACAUCCAGGAGCUGCAAGCCCAGAUUUCUCGGCACGAGGAGCUGGCUCAGAAAAUCAAGGGCUACCAGGAGCAGAUCGCCUCUCUGAACUCCAAGUGCAAGAUGCUGACAAUGAAAGCCAAGAACGCCACCAUGCUGCUGACGGUGACCGAGGUGGAGGCCCUGGGGGAGGACUUGGACCGGGAGCUCCUCCCCGCCACCUCUGCCCACCCCUCUGUGGUCAUGAUGACUGCAGGUCGCUGUCACACUUUGCUGUCACCUGUCAACGAGGAGUCUGGGGAGGAGGGAACCAACAGUGAGAUUUCCUCUCCACCUGCCUGUCGUUCCCCUUCACCUGUGGUUAAUACAGACGCUUCUGUUAACCAGGAUAUUGCUUAUUACCAAGCCCUGUCGCCCGAGAGGUUGCAGACCGAUGCCGCUAGGAUUCAGCCCGGCUCCUUGCCCUCCCAGGAGUUCUAUGAACCGGGACUGGAGCCAUCUGCCACCGCCAAGCUGGACGAUCUGCAGCGUUCCUGGGAAACUUUAAAGAAUGUGAUCAGCGAGAAGCAGCGCACCCUCUAUGAAGCCCUGGAGCGGCAGCAGAAGUACCAGGACUCCCUGCAGUCCAGCUCCACGAAAAUGGAGAGCAUCGAGCUGAAGCUCAGUGAGCACCUGGAGCCGGGCAGGAGUCCAGAAAGCCAGAUGGCUGAACACCAGGCGCUGAUGGAUGAGAUCCUCAUGCUGCAGGACGAGAUCGGGGAGCUGCAGGCGGCCCUCGCCGCAGACCUGGUGUCUGAGUCCCCAGAGUCCGACCCUGCGGAGCAGCUGGCCUUGCAGUCCACGCUCACCGUCUUAGCGGAGCGCAUGGCCACCAUCAGGAUGAAAGCGUCGGGGAAAAGGCAGCUUUUGGAGGAGAAGCUGAAUGAUCAGCUGGAGGAACAGAGGCAACAUCAGGCCCUGCAGAGGUAUCGCUCUGAAGUCGACAAGCUGGACCACUGGCUCCUCAGCACUAAGGCCACACUGGACACCGCUCUGGGUACCCCCAAGGAGCCCAUGGACAUGGAGGCCCAGCUCGUGGACUGCCAGAACAUGCUGGUGGAGAUAGAGCAGAAGGUGGCAGCCUUGUCGGAGCUCGCGGUCCACAACGAGAACCUGCUGCUGGAGGGCAAGGCUCACACGAAGGACGAGGCUGAGCAGCUGGCAGAGAAGCUGCGAACCCUCAAGGGGAGUCUCCUGGAGCUGCAGAGGGCCCUGCACGACAAGCAGCUUAACAUCCAGGGAACAGCGCAAGAGAAGGAGGAGGGCGUCGGUGACCCGGCUGCCGCCCAGAGGUCCGGUGUCCAGGAGUGGCUGGCCCAAGCUCGCUCCACGUGGGCCCAGCAGCGACAGAGCAGUCUCCAGCAACAAAAAGAGUUGGAACAGGAAUUAGCAGAACAGAAGAGCCUCCUCAGGUCGGUGGCUAGUCGUGGAGAGGAAAUUCUCACCCAGCACUCGGCUGCAGAGACCUCUGGUGGUGCUGGUGAAAAACCUGACGUGUCACCCCAGGAGUUGGGGGUGGAAGGAGAGAGGGCACCUGCUGAGGACCAGAUGAGGAUGAAAUGGGAAAGCCUGCACCAGGAAUUCAGCGCCAAGCAGAAGCUGCUGCAGAAUGCUCUGGAACAGGAACAGGACCAAGUGCUUUACAGCAGGCCACAUCGGCUCCUGGCUGGCGUGCCACCGCGCAGAGGGGACGGCCAGACCCAAGACAGAUCCGCGGUGACGUCCCUGCUGGAUGGAUUGAACCAGGCCUUCGAGGAGGUGUCGUCCCAGGGUGCAGCACCGAAGCAGAACAUCCACUUGGAACAGAAGUUGUACGACGGCGUCUCGGCCACCUCUACCUGGCUGGAUGAUGUCGAAGAGCAGGUAUUUGUUGCCACAGCCCUGCUACCGGAAGAAACGGAGACUUGCCUCUUCAAGCAGGAGACGCUCGCCAAAGAUAUUAAGGAAAUGUCUGAAGAAAUGGAUAAGAACAAGAACUUGUUUUCCCAAGCAUUUCCGGAGAAUGGUGAUAACCGUGAUGUUAUUGAGGACACUUUGGGGUGUCUUCUGGGGAGGUUAUCCUUGCUAGACUCGGUGGUAAAUCAGCGAUGUCAUCAGAUGAAGGAAAGACUUCAGCAAAUACUAAAUUUCCAGAAUGACCUGAAGGUGCUGUUUACAUCGCUGGCGGACAACAAAUACGUCAUCCUGCAGAACCUGGCCAACGUGUUCGAACGGCCCGUGGCGGAGCAAAUAGAGGCAAUACAGCAGGCUGAAGACGGGCUGAAGGAGUUGGAUGCAGGCAUCACCGGGUUGAAGCAGCGCGCGGACAAGCUGCAGACGGAGCCACCCGCCCUGCAGCAGCUGCAGGACAUGUAUGAUGAGCUGAUGCUCACCAUUGGCUCUCGGCGGAGCGGACUGAACCUGAAUCUAGCGCUCAAGAGUCAGUACGAGAGAGCCCUGCAGGACCUGGGCGACCUGCUGGAAACUGGACGGGAGAAGGUGGCCGGCGACCAGAAGAUGAUCGUGUCUUCCAGGGAGGAAAUCCAGCAGCUCCUUGACAAACAUAAGGAAUACUUCCAGGGUCUGGAAUCUCAUAUGAUUCUGACUGAAACACUCUUCAGAAAGAUCAUCAGCUUUGCGGUCCCACGGGAAACUCAGUCCCACACGGAAGCGAUGGCGCAGGCGUCGGCGGUCCUGAAGGGGGCGCACAAGAGGGGUGUGGAGCUGGAGUACGUUCUAGAGACCUGGGCCCAUCUGGAUAUGGACCAGCAGGAGCUCAGCAGACAGCUGGAGGUGGUGGAGAGUAACAUCCCCAGCGUGGGGCUGGUGGAGGAGAGUGAGGGCAGGCUUGUCGACCGGAUCACACUCUACCAGCAUUUGAAAUCCAGCCUUAAUGAAUACCAGCCCAAAUUGUAUCAGGUGUUAGACGACGGGAAACGACUUCUCAUGUCCAUUAGCUGCUCAGACCUGGAAAGCCAGCUGAGUCAGCUUGGAGAGCGCUGGCUGAAUAACACCAACAAAGUGUCUAAGGAACUUCACAGGUUGGAAACAAUAUUGAAACACUGGACCAGAUACCAAAGUGAGUCCGCGGCUCUAAUUCACUGGUUACAGUCUGCCAAGGACAGGCUGGAGUUUUGGACCCAGCAAUCCGUGACAGUCCCUCAAGAACUGGAGAGGGUCCGUGAUCAUCUGACUGCUUUCCUGGAGUUUUCCAAGGAAGUGGAGGCCAAAUCUUCCCUGAAAUCGUCUGUUCUGAGCACUGGAAAUCAGCUCCUCCGAUUAAAGAAGGUGGACACAGCCGCCCUGCGUUCGGAGCUGUCGCACAUCGACAGCCAGUGGGCCGACCUGCUGACAAAUAUCCCGACCGUGCAGGAAAAGCUCCACCAGCUCCAAAUGGAUAAGCUACCUUCUCGCCACGCCAUUUCGGAAGUCAUGACCUGGAUUUCUCUCAUGGAAAAUGUCAUUCAAAAGGAUGAAGAGGGCAUAAAAAAUUCCAUAGGCCACAAGGCAAUUAAUGAGUACCUUCAGAAAUAUAAGGGUUUUAAGAUAGACAUGAACUGUAAACAGUUGACAGUGGAUUUUGUGAACCAGUCCGUGCUACAGAUCAGCGCGCAGGACGUGGAGAGCAAACGCAGCGACAAGACGGAUUUCGCUGAGCAACUGGGAGCGAUGAACAAAAGCUGGCAGAUCCUGCAGGGUCGAGUCGCUGAGAAGAUUCAACUGUUGGAAGGCUUAUUGGAAUCUUGGGCAGAAUAUGAAAAUAAUGUGCGAUGUAUGAAAACUUGGUUUGAAACCCAGGAAAAGAGACUAAAAGAGCAGCAUCGGAUUGGAGACCAGGCUGCAGUUCAGAAUGCAAUGAAAGACUGUCAGGAUCUAGAAGAUUUGAUUAAAGCCAAAGAAAAAGACGUGGAAAAAAUUGAACAAAGCGGACUCACUUUGAUUCAGAACAAGAAGGAAGACGUCGCUGCUGCUGUCACGGGUACACUGCAGGAGCUCAACCAGACCUGGGCAAACUUGGACCACAUGGUGGGGCAGCUGAAGGCGCUGCUGAAGUUGGCGCACGAGCACUGGAGCCAGCACAAGGUGGCCUUCGAUGAGCUCAACGGCAGCCUCAUGGAGGCCAGGUACUCCCUCUCCCGCUUCCGUCUGCUCAUCGGCUCCUUGGAAGCUGUGCAGGUUCAGGUAGACAGUCUUCAGAAUCUUCAAGAUGAUCUAGAAAAACAGGAAAACAGCUUACAGAAAUUUGGCUCUGUCACCAACCAGCUAUUAAAAGAGUGUCACCCACCUGUGACAGAGACUCUUACCAAUACGUUGAAGGAAAUCACCAUGAGAUGGAACAACUUGCUGGAAGAGAUCGCGGAGCAGCUGCACGCCGGCAGGGCCCUCCUGCAGCUCUGGCAGCGGUACCGGGACUUCUCCGCACAGUGCGCCGCCGCGGUCCAGCGCCAGGCGGACCGCACCGGGGAGCUCCUGAAGGCAGCCACCAACAAGGACAUCGCUGAUGACGAAGUGGCCACGUGGAUUCAGGAUUGCAACGACCUCCUCAAGGGACUGGGCGCAGCUAAGGAUUCUCUGUUUGUUCUCCAAGAGCUGGGGGAGCAACUCAAGCAACAAGUGGAGGCUUCAGCAGCAUCAGCCAUUCAAUCGGACCAGCUCUCUUUGAGUCAACACUUAUGUGCCCUAGAACAGGCUCUUUGCAAACAGCAGACUGUGUUACAGGCUGGAAUUCUUGACUAUGAAACCUUUACCAAGAGUCUAGAAGCUUUGGAGGCAUGGAUAAUAGAAGCUGAAGAAAUACUCCAAGGGCAGGACCCCAGCCACUCGUCUGACCUCUCAACCAUCCAAGAAAGAAUGGAAGAACUCAAGGGACAGAUGUUGAAAUUCAGCAGCAUGGCCCCAGAUUUAGACCGCCUGAAUGAGCUUGGCUACAGGCUACCCCUGAGUGAUAAAGAAAUCAAAAGGAUGCAGAGCCUGAACCGGCACUGGGCUCUGAUUUCUUCUCAGACGACAGAGCGAUUCAGUAAGUUGCAGUCAUUUUUGCUACAACAUCAGACCUUCUUGGAAAAAUGUGAAACAUGGAUGGAAUUCCUGGUUCAAACAGAGCAGAAGUUAGCAGUAGAGAUUUCGGGCAAUUACCAGCAGCUUCUGGAGCAGCAGCGCGCCCACGAGUUGUUUCAAGCAGAGAUGUUCAGUCGUCAACAGGUUUUGCACUCUAUCAUCACUGAUGGGCAGCAUCUUCUGGAACAAGGUCAAGUUGAUGACAGGGAUGAGUUCAACCUCAAGCUGACCCUGCUCAGCAGUCAGUGGCAGGGAGUGAUCCGCAGGGCCCAGCAGCGGCGAGGCAUCAUCGACAGCCAGAUCCACCAGUGGCAGCGCUACAGGGAGAUGGCAGAAAAGCUGCGGAAGUGGUUGCUCGAAGUGUCCUAUCUGCCCGUGAGCGGUCUCGGAAGUGCCCCGAUACCCCUGCAGCGGGUGAGGACCCUCUUUGAUGAGGUGCAGUUCAAAGAAAAAGUGUUCCUGAGACAGCAAGGCAGCUACAUCCUGACCGUGGAGGCGGGCAAGCAACUCCUGCUCUCUGCCGACCCCGGGGCUGAGGCUGCCCUGCAGGCCGAACUCACGGAAAUCCAAGAGAAGUGGAAAUCCGCCAGCAUGCGUCUGGAGGAGCAGAAGAAGAAACUGGCUUUCUUGUUGAAAGACUGGGAAGAGUGUGAGACUGGGAUCGCUGACUCUCUGGAGAAACUGCGAACGUUCAAAAGGAAGCUCUCCCAGCCUCUGCCGGAUCACCACGAAGAGCUCCACGCCGAGCAGACGCGUUGCAAGGAAUUGGAAAGUGCAGCGGGGAGCUGGACAGAUGACUUGGCGCAGCUGGCACUGCUGAAGGACACCCUCUGUGCCUACAUCAGUGCUGAUGAUAUCUCCAUCCUGAACGAGCGUGUGGAGCUUCUGCAACGGCAGUGGGAAGAACUGUGCCACCAGCUCUCCCUGCGGCGGCAGCAAGUCGGCGAGAGGCUGAACGAGUGGGCCGUCUUCAGCGAGAAGAACAAGGAGCUCUGCGAAUGGCUGACGCAGAUGGAGAGCAAAGUCUCCCAGAACGGAGACGUCCUCAUUGAGGACAUGAUAGAGAAGCUGAAGAAGGAUUAUCAAGAGGAAAUUGCUGUUGCCCAAGAGAACAAAAUGCAGCUCCAACAAAUGGGAGAGCGACUCGCUAGAGCCAGCCACGAAAGCAAAGCCUCCGAGAUCGAGUACAAGCUAGGCAAGGUCAACGACCGGUGGCAGCAUCUCCUGGACCUCAUGGCCGCCAGGAUAAAGAAGCUGAAGGAGACGCUGGUGGCCAUCCAGCAGCUGGAUAAGAACAUGAGCAGCCUCAGGACAUGGCUGGCUCACAUUGAGUCAGAGCUGGCCAAGCCCAUCGUCUAUGACUCCUGCAACUCGGAAGAAAUACAGAGAAAGCUUAAUGAGCAGCAGGAGCUCCAGAAAGACAUCGAGAAACACAGCACAGGUGUGGCCUCCGUCCUCAACCUGUGCGAGGUCCUACUGCAUGACUGUGACGCGUGUGCCACAGACGCCGAAUGUGAUUCCAUCCAGCAGGCCACACGAAGCCUAGACCGGCGGUGGAGAAAUAUCUGUGCUAUGUCUAUGGAACGGAGGCUCAAGAUCGAAGAGACAUGGCAGUUGUGGCAGAAGUUUCUGGAUGACUACUCGCGUUUUGAAGAUUGGCUCACGACUUCCGAGAGGACGGCCGCCUUCCCCAGCUCCUCUGGGGUGCUCUACACGGUUGCCAAGGAGGAGCUGAAGAAGUUCGAGGCUUUCCAGAGGCAGGUGCACGAGAGCCUGACCCAGCUGGAACUGAUCAACAAGCAGUACCGCCGCCUGGCCCGAGAGAACCGCACCGAUUCUGCCUGUCGCCUCAAGCAGAUGGUCCACGAAGGCAACCAGCGCUGGGACAACCUGCAGAAGCGCGUCAGCUCCAUCCUGCGCAGACUCAAGCACUUCACUGGCCAGCGCGAGGAGUUCGAGACGGCGCGGGACAGCAUUCUGGUGUGGCUGACGGAGAUGGACCUGCAGCUCACCAACAUCGAGCAUUUUUCCGAGUGUGACGUUCACGCUAAAAUAAAGCAACUCAAGGCCUUCCAGCAGGAAAUUUCACUGAACCACAACAAGAUCGAGCAGAUCAUCGCCCAAGGAGAACAGCUGAUUGAAAAGAACGAGCCGCUGGACGCGGCGGUCAUUGAGGAGGAGCUGGACGAGCUCCGGCGCUACUGUCAGGAGGUCUUCGGGCGCGUGGAAAGAUACCACAAGAAACUGAUCCGCUUGCCUCUACCAGACGAUGAGCAUGACCUCUCUGACCGGGAGCUGGAGCUGGAUGACUCUGCAGCUCUCUCAGACCUCCACUGGCAUGACACCUCUGCAGACAGCGUGCUGUCCCCACAGCCUUCCUCCAACCCCUCCCUCUCCCUCGCCCAGCCCCUCCGGAGCGAGCGCUCGGGACGAGACACGCCUGCCAGUGUGGACUCCAUCCCCCUGGAGUGGGACCAUGACUAUGACCUCAGUCGUGACCUGGAGUCUGCCGUGUCCAGGACUCUGCCCUCUGAGGAUGAAGAGGGUCAGGAAGACAAAGAUUUCUACCUCAGGGGAGCUGUUGGCUUAUCAGGGGAUCCCAGUGCCUUAGAGUCACAGAUUCGACAACUGGACAAAGCCCUGGAUGACAGCCGUUUCCAGAUGCAGCGAACUGAAGAUGUCAUCCGCAGUAAAACUCCCACGGGACCAGAGCUGGACGCCAGCUACCGAGGCUACAUGAAACUGUUGGCUGAAUGCAGCGGCAGUAUAGACUCGGUGAAGAGGCUGGAGCACAAGCUGAAGGAGGAGGAGGAGAAUUUCCCCGGCUUUGUGAACCUGAACAGUACGGAGGCCCAGACAGCUGGUGUGAUUGACCGCUGGGAGCUCAUCCAGGCCCAGGCCCUGAGCAAGGAGCUGAGGAUGAAGCAGAACCUCCAGAAGUGGCAGCAGUUCGGCUCCGACCUGAACAACAUCUGGACCUGGCUGGGGGCGACGGAGGAGGAACUGGAGCGGCUCCGGCGCCUGGAGCUCAGCACCGACAUCCAGUCCAUUGAGCUCCAGAUCAAAAAGCUCAAGGAGCUCCAGAAGGCGCUGGACCACCGCAAAGCCGUCAUCCUCUCCAUCAACCUGUGCAGCGCCGAGUUCACCCAGACUGGCAGCGAGGAGAGCCAGGCCCUGCAGGACCGCCUGUCCCAGAUGAACGCCCGCUGGGACCGGGUGUGCUCCCUGCUGGAGGAGUGGCGGGGCCUCCUGCAGGGCGCCCUGAUGCAGUGCCAGGAUUUUCAUGAAAUGAGUCAUGGUUUGCUGCUUAUGCUGGAGAACAUCGACAGGAGGAAAAAUGAAAUUGUCCCUAUCAGCUCUCACCUCGAUGCAGAAAUACUUCAGGACCAUCACAAACAGCUCACGCAAAUCAGGCAGGAGUUACUGGAAUCCCAGCUCAAAGUCGCCUCACUGCAAGACAUGUCUCACCAACUGCUGGUGAAUGCUGAGGGCGCCGACUGCUUAGAAGCCAAAGAAAAAGUCCACGUGAUUGGAAAUCGGCUCAAACUGCUCUUGAAGGAGGUCGGUCGCCACCUCAAGGAGCUGGAGAAGUCAUUGGACAUGUCAAGCAGUCAGCAGGAUUUGUCCUCCUGGUCUUCUGCGGAUGAACUGGACACCUCGGGAUCUGUGAGCCCUACGUCAGGGAGAAGCACCCCAAACAGACAGAGAACGCCACGAGGCACAUGUAGCCUCUCCCAGCCUGGACCCUCUGCCAACAGUCCACACAGCAGGUCCAUAAAAGGUGGCUCCGAUUCCUCCCUUUCUGAGCCCCGGCCAGCUCGGUCCGGCCGAGCGUUCCUGUCCAGAGUGUUCCGAGCGGCCCUGCCACUUCAGCUUCUCCUGCUGCUCCUCAUCGGGCUCGCCUGCCUCGUACCCAUGUCAGAGGAGGACUACAGCUGUGCCCUCUCCAACAACUUUGCCCGGUCAUUCCACCCCAUGCUCAGAUACACCAACGGCCCUCCUCCCCUCUGAGCCGGCGGACGCUGUCCGCAGCCGUGCGGUGCUGGCAGGAACAGGAGGAGUCGGCCCAAAGCCAUCCCCACCCAGCGAAAGAGGACCUGAUUGUGGGCGAAGCCUGUGACGUGGCAACUUCGGCCUGUGUCCAAAUCGGGGCUUCGGAGGUGGAUGGUAAUCUAUGAAGGAGGCUAGCAAAUGAAAGAAAGUUUGGGGGAAAUAUUGUUUGGAACUCAGAACCUCAGUACUAGAGAAAUGAAGUACCUCCAGCAUCUCCUGGACGUGUGUACCUGGGGCCCUGGGCCCAUUGUGUGCACCUCCAGGGCUUCAGUACACCGUCCGGGCGGCUUCCCACGGUGUGCCCGUCCACCCAAUAAAUGACGCCACCUGAGCGCCGCAUCAGUGCGGACAAUCUACCAACCAACCAGUGCUGAACAGCUUUUAGAACCUUGUAACAGACCGUUUUUAAGAGCCUAUACGGCAGCUUUCUUCCUACCUUGUUUUCCUUUGAGGCAUGCUGUUCUAACCUUCGCUUUAGAAGCACAAGCUGUAAAUCGAAAAGGCACUUUUUUUAAAAGUAUAAAGAAAAACUGGAUGUAAUAAAUAAAAUCAUGGAAGGAUUUAUGUGAAAAAAAAAAAAGAGUUGAAUGUUAUAGUAAAAAAAAAGAUAUUUAUGUAUGUACAGUUUGCUAAAGCUGAGUUUUGUUUGUAUUGA